CCUCAGUGGAGGCCGCAGAUACCCAAACCAGCGUAAUCAUGGCAACCGCAAAAGACAAGCCCCCGAAAUGGACUCGAGCAAAGGCUCCGAGAGUCAGAACCGGCUGUGUUACAUGCAAGUUCGUUAACCCAAGCCAAGAUAUUGGCGUGCUAUUGCUCAUUGAUGAUUAGAAUCCGACAUCUCAAAUGCGACGAGGAAAAACCCCAAUGCCGCAGAUGCAUAAAAGACGGCCAUGUUUGCGACGGUUAUGAAGUCAUCUCGGGUCGGAAACCGAAAUCCAAGACCAAGGACUCCAAGGCCAAGGAAACCCCGCCCAACACCGCCCAGCUCGUGCUGCGACACAAACAUCCCGUCGUCCAGGUUUCUCUACCGCCGACAUUGAUCUUCGAUGCCUCUCAGUUACCGACCGAGAUGGAUUUAUUCCAUCACGUGCGAACCUGCACCAUCCAAGACUUGGCGUCUGCCUUGACGCCAACGGACUUCUGGUACAUCCAUGCCCUUCCACUCGGCCAUGCCGUGGAGCCUAUCAAGUACGCAAUUUGUGCCCUUGGAGGUGCACACAAGCACUUCAAAUCGCAACUCCUUGGGGAAUCCGGCAACUCAUCACUUCAAGCGUUGGAAGAAAUGUCCAUUCAACAAUACAACCAAGCGAUACGCCACAUCCAAUCGUUUACGCAAACACCAUCAAAGAAAAACAUGGAGGUCAUUCUGACUUGCUGUGUGAUUUUUAUAUGCGUUGAAAAUCUCCUGGGUCGUUACUCCGAAUCUUUCCGCCACAUGCAAGCCGGAUGUGCGCUCCUCGCAUCGAUCCGACAGCUCUCAGACCAGGAAGCUGCUCUGAGCCUACAGAACGGUGUACAACUGGACAAGGCGAGGGAGAAAUCCAGAUUCUUCGACGACAUCGGGGCCUUGCUGUCAAGGCUUGGCCAAGACGCUGCCAUGUACAUGGGCGUAGACAUCAUUCCGGAACUCUACGUCCAUUCCGCCCCUACCAUCGACUUCCCGAGAAACUCUACCCCAUUCGAUUCGGUUAGUACAGCAGCACAAACGCUGUUUGCUAUUGAAACGGAGCAUGGUGUAAGAAUGCACAUUGCUGAGUUGGAGUGGAAGAAUUCUCCAGAAUAUGACGGUCGCGAUCUUCCCCCAUACUGGGAUGACGAUUCCCUGCUUCCGGAAAAUGACGUGUUCAACAUACUAGACCUGGAGAAUAUCUAUCAUGAUUGGAGUGUCCGCUUCGACCUCUUCAAGAGCCAGAUCGACAAGCGGACUGUACCGAAACAGGAACUACGUCAGAUCUCAAUGUUGUCAAUUGGGCAGUCAAUGUGGUCGACCUUCCUCGAGAUGAAGUCGUUCGACGAUGAGAUCAGUCGAGAAGCAGCCGAUACCAUAUUAAAGAGAGUUGAAUCUCUGAUUGAGAUUGAACUCUAUGGACAAGAUCCCAUCUUUUCCUUUGACGCAAAUGUAGUUCCAGCAAUAACGCUGGUCUUUACAUCAUGCAACGACUUCGAAGUGCAGUGGAGAUGCGUACGUUUAUUGCGCUCCAUCAGGAUAAGAGAGGGGAUUUGGGACAGUAAGGAAAUGGGGGAUAUCCUAGAAUCGACGGUGAUGGCAAGAGAGAGGGGAUUGAUCUCAUUCCAAGCACUGCCAUGGAAGGUGCCUCAGCUGGCAAGGCUGGUUUCGACUCUUCGUCUAACCCAAUCUAGAAUCUCUACAGGGGCCCUGGCUUUGGCAGAGGAGGAUGCUGACUAUUUUGGAACGGGUUAGGCUGUCAUUAUGUAGGAUCGAUGAAAGAUGUAUUGUAUGUACACCAGGGAGGACUAGGACUACUUUUAAUUGCCAUGCCCUACAUUUA